CUAUGAGUGAAGGUCAGAACAAUAAUUCUUACCUUGAAGAAGAAUAAACUCAAAGAGGAUUUAAAAAUUGUGAAGCUUUUUGUAACAGAUUGAGAAGAGACUAUCCAUCAUUAUAUUAGUAAAUUAUAAAUUGUAAUUUAUAGAUAGCUAGUUGUGCUUGUGAAAGAUUACAAAUAGAAUAGAUAAAGUAUACCCCACUAUUACAGUGAGAUUAAAAAGCUCUUUUCUGAUUAACCAACUGUCAUUGAAAAUGUUAAUAAAUUAUUUUAUCAUGAUGCUCGAAUCAAAUCGAAUGAUGCCAUUCAACAAUUAGAGUCGAUUUUUAAAUAAGACAAGAGUAGAAGCAAUAUUUUGGAUUAAUCUAAGAAUUUGAUUCUUAAAGGAAACCUUGACCAACAGUAAUAAUUAGAUGUAAUUAUAACAUUUAUAUCAUAUUCUAGUUAAUAUCAAUCUAAUUUAAAGAUGAUCCUGAAGCUAUUAAAGAAAUUCAAAAUGCUUUCAAAGUCAAGAAAUAGAAGUAGAAAAUUCAAGUGGAUUGGGAUGACAUUAAGACCAAGAGAAUCAAACCCAAUGCUCCUAACAUGGAAGAAAUAUAAUCAUAAUAAGCUUAUUAUACAUAAUAUUUUUACAAUAAUGCUUAUCAAUUACAAGUAAGUAGAGAGAUUAAAAAUGAAAUUAUUGUAUUGGAUAAAUUAAGAUUAAAGUGCUUUAGCCAUUUUACAUAAGAAUCUGAUUUUAAUCAAUUCUUCAAUGAAUUUGUAAAUGUCAUUCAUUUAUAUACAGAAUGUAUAAUCACUUAAUAUGAGCUAAUGGACAUUUUAUCAUCACAUACAUGGAUUGAUUAAGAGAUUAUAGAUGAACUCAGAAUAGCUAUUUUUACAAGAGCACCUGCACGUAGAUAAUAAACUCAAUUAUUUAAACCACUUAAAGACACUGAUUUUAAAAAUGCUGAACAUAUUACAGGUUCAUAUGUAAGAAUGCAUCCUGGUUAUGCAAACAUAAUGAAAAACGAUCCUAAAUUACCUAAUGUUUUAAAUCAUCUGUGGGUAUCAGUACCAUUUGGAAGUGAAGAUUAUUCAUUCUCAAUUAUGAGGAAAAAUAGUUUUGAAGAACAACUCUUCAAAAUGGAAGAUGAAAUGUUUGAAUAUGAUGUCAAUAUUAAUUGUUAUAGAAGAACUAUUAAAGUAUCAUUUUAUUUCUAAAAUAGUUACUUGAUUAAUUUAUUUCAGCAAACAAUUAAUACACAAUCAAUUAAUAAGCAAUCGAAUAGCAAAUUAAAAAAAUACUCUAAAUUAAAUGUUUAUAAUCUGUCUAUAAAACUAAUAGUAAAGAUUAAGAAGAAGUUAUCACAUUAUGGUAAAAGAAUCCAAUUGCAUGUUCUCCUAUCUUAAGAGAUAGAUUAAACCAAAAAUGUUAGGAGUUAGUUAAAUCUAGAGAAAUUGCCAAUUAAACUUGGAAAAUGACAUAAAAAAACAAUUUUUCAAGAUCUUUAGAUCAUAGAUCUUUUUAUUUUAAAAAAAAUGAAAAGCAAUAUACUUGUGCUUCUAGAUUUCUAAAAGAACCUGAUGAAAAAUUCACAUAAAUAUAAACCAAUAAUGUUAUUUAAGCAGAAUAUUUAAAUUCUUUAGUAUAGUUAACAACAAUUAAACCUCUUAGUCAUGGAAAAUAUGUUAAUAUUAAUGAAAUUGACCAAAGCACUGUUUUUAGCUUAUACAUCUCAAGUAAAUCACUUUUGGAAGAAACUUUUGAAAUCUUUAAGUAUUAUGUAGAAUAAUCAAAUUUAAAUGAAUCAGAUUGGAUUCUUGAUUUAUUCUAAAAGUUAUGUUAAGGAUACUUCAAUCUUUAGUUGGUUGAUUAGAAUUAUAAUUUUUCUCUUCUGAGGGCAGAGCUAUCAGUUAUUGAAUAAUAUGUUACUAAUUCAUCAUUCUCUUAUAUUGAUUAAUUUAACAUUGAAUAUGAAUAAAUAAAAAAAUCUUAAAUGACUAACAAUAAUUCAAACAGUAAUAAUAGAAAAGAUUCAGAUGACUUUGAAGAAUCUGAUUAUGAAAUGUAGAGAAUCAAAACUCUUAAAUCACCUCUUAUUGAUGAAUAAGAUGUUUUUCCAAGAAACUAAUUAUAAUUAAUAUCCAAUUAUUAGAGUAAGUAUAAACCACAUGGGAAAAUAAUUUAUGGCACAUCUGGAAUUUAUUUGUUUUUUCGAUAUUUUUAUUCAUUAUAUCAAAGAAUAGAAUUAGCACAUUAAAUUAGUUAGAAUUUUGAAUAAAAUGAAAAAUUUGAGAGUAUUUGUUUUUUUUUCAAUAUUAGGAUUGAAUGAAAAAGAAAAGAAGAAAAUAAUAGAAAUUAGAUACAAGUUAUUUAAGCAUGCUCUGCUUUAUUAAAUAAAAAAUAAAGAUUUCAAAUAUCAAGACUAUUUAAGUUUGUUAUUUGGAAAACAAGUGAAUGUUUAUAAUUACUUCUUAGGCUUUUCUAUUCUAUACAAUUGAGAAAAUGCUUUCAGAUUGUUGUAAACACUUAGCUAGUUUAUCAAAUGAUAAAUUGACAGAUUCUUUCUUUGAAUUCUUAUUCAAGUUAAACAAUGACAUAUACGAAUUAGAUCCAACUAAAACUGAAGAAGUGUAAUUGAGUAACCUAUCUUUUGCUCUACUAGAUUUAUAAUGGGAAUAAGCAUAAAGAGUAUUAUUUAGAGUAAAUUAAACAUAAUAUUUAGUUUUGUUUAUAAGAUGAUAGUUUACAUAUUAAUUAUUUACCUAAUUGGUCAAUCAUUUAAGAUAAAUAAUAAUUAAAUCGAAUCUCUUAAUUUGUUAAAACUUACACAACAACCUAUUCAAAUAGAAUCAAAGGAGUAUUUUUACAACGAAACCUAAGAGAAAUUAGAGCAAGUACUUAAAAUUAAAUGGAAUGGACAGUUUUUGAAUAGAUGAAAAUAAAAAAUAAUUUGUCAGAUAUUUUAAUUAAAUGAUUAAUUG